AUGUCAUCCGCAGAGUUCCCUCCGCCUCAACUUAGAUCUGCCGCUGAGGAUGUCGCGACCCUCCUCAAGUCUCGAGGCGAAUCCAUCUGCGUGGCAGAAACCGCUGCUGGAGGCCUCAUCUCCGCCUCGCUGCUCGCGACCCCAGGCGCAAGCAGGAUCUACAAAGGCGGCUUGACGCUGUACACCUUGGAAUCCAGGAUUGCCUUCGCUGGCUGGACGCAAAAGAACAUAGACAAUUACGACGGUCCGACCCCGGAGCUGGUGGAAGGGCUGGCUAAGAACGUGAGGGAAAAACUGCAAGGAACUUAUUGCGUUGGUGAGUCAGGCACAGCAGGACCGACCGCCAGUGGGAACACCCCGAACAGGCAGCCGGGGUACGUCGCAUUGGCUGUGGUGGGCGAAAAGGGCAGUUUAAACAAGGAUCUGGACACGGGGCUGGGGAAUGAUAGGCAAGCCAACAUGGUGGCAUUUGCAAUUGCCGCGCUUCAGCUGGUCAAGGACUUCAUCUUGUCGACCGAGAAUAACGGCGGUGACCGGGGUGGGAAAAUCUGA